GGAGAACUGAAAGGGGCCGCGGUGAGGAGCAGCCGCCGAUAGCGCCGUCGCCGCCAACACAGCCGUUCGCAGCCUCCCGCUGGUGGUUAGCCCCGCGGCUGCGGGCGGGCGGGCAGGCAGGCAGGCGGGCGACCUCGGCGGCUUGUCCCUCAUCGCCGUCCCCGCGUCCUCCCGCCGCAGCUCCUCGGGGAGGGGGGCGGUCGGUGCCUGCGCAGAGCCGCCUCCUCCCCGCCCCCGCCCCGCCUCCCCCCGCGCCGCCGCCGCCCGCCGCCGCCGCCGCCGCCGCCGCCGCGCCUGCUGCUCCUCGCCGUCCCCGCUGCAGUGCGAAGGGCUCGAAGAUGGCCGGUUGGCAGAGCUACGUGGAUAACCUGAUGUGCGAUGGCUGCUGCCAGGAGGCCGCCAUUGUCGGCUAUUGCGACGCCAAAUACGUCUGGGCAGCCACGGCCGGGGGCGUCUUCCAGAGCAUUACGCCAGUAGAAAUAGAUAUGAUUGUAGGAAAAGACCGGGAAGGUUUCUUUACCAACGGUUUGACUCUUGGCGCAAAGAAGUGCUCCGUGAUCAGAGAUAGCCUAUAUGUCGAUGGUGACUGCACAAUGGACAUCCGGACAAAGAGUCAAGGUGGGGAGCCAACAUACAACGUUGCUGUCGGCAGAGCUGGUAGAGGUAUUUCUGAAGGCAAAAUACCAAGAUAAAUUCGUCUCUGGGGCCACUAGGAAAUCAGGAUGUUACAACACCCUUCCGGAGCCAACUUCAACAAAUUCAAAUUUAUAUGUCCUUAAAUACUUGUGUUCUAACACAGUGACAGUGUGUUGUCAUCUAACAAAUGACAGUGGAGUCACUUGUUUCCUUAUUGUGCAUGCACUAUCAUUUCAUCAUCAGAAUACAUAAGAAAGAUCUGACCUUUAAUUAAACUUCUAGAAUGUUGCUAUUUUUUAGCAUCUGAGAAGGGUUUGUAGUAGUAGUAAUUAUUUUUCCCCCCUCAUAUAAAAGAAAUAAAAAAACUUGAGCAGCCUCAGGUACCCUUGGGGUAUAAAGUGUAAGAAGCACUGGGCCUACAUUAUUUUUGCAUGUAGCAGAAUUACCUCUAGAUACUUCUGCCUGUUGACUAUAUUGGGCUAGUAUUUAAUUACAACUCUCAAUGCAGCAAAAGUGACUGUAAAAAAAAAAUCAUACAUAAAAUUUUCUUCUAAAUGCAUGUAACUGAUAAGAAAACACUAAGAUCCCAAUAGAAAUGUGAGCAAAGGACAAGACCAGUUACAAAAGCAGAAAUAUAAAUAGGUAAUUUACCUUGUUAAGGUAGAAUAUGAUAAAAUUAGUAUUCUCAUUAUUUCAGUAGACCUGAAACUUUAGGAAAUUUUAUCUCAAAUACAUUCUUUCUCUUUGACAUAGUAAAUUGAGGAGAAGGGUAAAUGCAGGUGGGGGUAGAGAGAGGACAAGAAAAGAGGAAUGGGAAGAAUUAAAGCCCGGAGGCAAUUUAUUUUGAAAUGGUAGUGACUAAAGAGUAGUAUUUACAAGUAUAGUGUUUGAAGUCAAGAAUUUGUAUUGCAGCCCUGACACUUAUGUUCACCCAGUUAUGCACUCUCAGGUAAUCUACUUAAUCUUUCUGAGUCUCAUUUUCUUUAUCUAUAAAUGGUCACGAUAGUACUUAAUUGUGCUGCUCUGAGAACUAAAUGAGAUCAUGCAUGCAAAGUACAUGGUUUGCCUUUUUUUUUUUUCUUAUAUAAUAGGUGUGAUACAUGCUCACAAGAUCUAAAAUGGAAAAUUACCAGAUUUUUAUUUGGUAUAAUGCCCAUCCCAAUCCAGUUUAAUCCCAGUUAACUCAUUUGGUAUAUAUUACACUGACUUCUUCAGUUAGAAUUUAGUGGACUGAAGGCAUGGUUCUCUGUAGUAAUCACAGCUACAGGCAAGUGAUAAAGGUCAACAGUACUAAGAUACAAACCAACCCUCUCAAUCCCCUUCAGUCCACCUCAGAGCUAAAUGCAGACCUUGGGAUCUCUAUUUCUGAACAUGAAAUAAUAAGAUACUUCACCACCUUUAGGUAACUCAGGAAUGUACUGAUUUCUCAGAAACCAUAGUCACAACAGUAACUCCUACCCAACUUGGAACAUCAUUAUAUUACUGCUUUGUGGCCAUAUGUAAAGUGUUUCUUUCGAGAAACUGAGAAACAGUCCCUUUUCUGAUUUUCUUCUUGAGAGUAAAAUCAGACCAGUUUUCCCUUGAAUUGUUGAACACAACAAAUAUCAACUAGCAUUGGCUACAGAUUCUUAGCCUUAUGGAGAGAUGAACUGUGUCUUUUACUCACCAUCAUAUCCCUAGUGUUUGGUAUAGUGGCUGGUAGAGAGUGGGCUCC